AUGAUGUUGUAUCUCAACACGGGGCUUCUCUCUGCUCUCCUUGGCUAUCUCAUCUGUAUUGCCAAUGUUUACGCAAUUGGGCAGGAAACCUGCGUGUCCUUCAAGUCUGGACCUUCCUCUUUUGCCGUUGUAAGCGGCAAUUCUGCUACUCCCAUUUUCCUCUCCGAAGAUGACUGGCCCGGUGUCCAACACGCUGCUAUCAACUUUGCUUCUGACAUCGAGCAAGUAACGGGAAAAUCACCUCGAUUAUCCAAUGUUACCUCUUCAGUGAAGGCGUCUUCGCCACCAAUAAUAAUCGGGACUCUUGGCAGGUCGUCGCUCAUCGAUGCCGUCGUGAACCAUACACAAUUGGAUGUCUCUUCCGUAUCCGGCAAUUGGGAGGCGUUCAUGACAAAAGUGGUCGACAACCCUCUCCCCGGAGUAGCUAAAGCAUAUGUUAUGAUUGGAGCAGACAAGAGAGGUACGAUUUAUGCUAUGUACGAUCAUUCCGAGCAGCUUGGCGUGUCUCCAUGGUACUGGUGGGCAGACGUACCGACGACUAAGAACUCUGAAAUCUUCUUCUCUUCUCCUGGGUGCUCACAUGGGUCACCAACUGUGAAAUAUCGCGGCAUCUUCCUCAACGAUGAGCAGCCAGCUCUGACAAAUUGGGCAAUGGAGAAAUUCACGAACGGCACAGGCGCCGCUUUGACAGGCUCUCCGUUCAAUCAUUUCUUCUACACAAAGCUAUUUGAACUUAUUCUUCGUAUGAAGGGUAAUUAUCUUUGGCCUGCACAAUGGGCCAGUGCUUUCAACGUAGACGAUGUGGAGAACCAGCCUCUUGCGGAUUGGUACGGUGUUGUCAUGGGCACAAGUCAUGAGGAGCCUAUGAUGCGCUCUAUUCCAGUAGAAUGGAGCCUUUUCGGCGUCGGUCCGUGGAACUAUACGACAAACUCCGCAUUCAUAUAUAAUUUCUGGGUGAACGGCACUAUACGUGCAAAGCCGUAUGAGAGUAUCUUCACCGUGGGUAUGCGAGGUGAUGGAGACUUGCCUCUGUCGGAGACGACGAAUAUCGAUCUUCUGGAGAAAGUUGUGUCCGAUCAGCGACAGAUUCUCAUGACUGUCUUCAAUGAGACAGACGUAACAAAUAUCCCACAGGUUUGGGUACUCUACACCGACGUGCUUGGUUAUUAUGAUGAUGGAAUGCGCGUACCAGAUGAUAUAACUCUACUCUGGAGCGACGACAAUUGGGGAAACAUGGUUCGUUUGCCCAUCCCAAGCGAAUUCAACAGGACAGGAGGUGCAGGUGUCUAUUACCAUUACGACCUUGUCGGUCCUCCAAGAGAUUACAAGUGGAUCACAAGCUCGCAAAUGAUGAAGACUUAUGAUCACUUGUCAAAUGCGCUUGCCCGUCAAGCUGAAAGGAUCUGGAUCGUGAAUGUCGGAGAUCUUAAGCCGUACGAGCUCAACACAGAGUUUUUCCUGUCAUACGGAUAUAAUGCCUCACGCUGGUCGCGUGAUAACCUCAACACGUUCGUAUCGCAAUGGGCGCAGCGCGAAUUUGAUGUAUCCCCGUCGGUCGCGAAUGAGAUCGAGGAGAUCAUGACAAACCUUACGAGAUGGAACAAUAGACGAAAGCCUGAGCUGCUGAACGGUACGAUAUUCAGUUUGACGGACUAUAGAGAAGCCGAGAGAGUUUCAGCUGCUUGGGAUGCGCUCCUAAAUGCUUCGACUAAAAUAUAUGAUAGCCUUCCUUCCCAAUAUCAGGCAGCUUUCUUCGAGCUCGUACAACAUCCAGUACUAGCGAGUUCGACGCUCGGUAACAUGUGGAUUGCUCAAGGCAUGAACAACCUUCGUGCGACCCAGGCUCGCUUAAGCACGAAUAAUCUUGCGGACCAAGUCGAAGCCUUGUUUGCUCAGGAUUACGCAAUUGAAACACAGUACCAUUCACUAUUGAACGGGAAAUGGGAUCACAUGAUGGAUCAAACCCAUGUCCAAUACUUCUAUUGGCAACAGCCCAUGGCCAACGCCAUGCCACCUAUUUCUCGCAUUCAAGCGAAGAAGCAGGCUUUAGCUGGUGUAAUGCGAAUUUCUCCCGAAGGUACGAAGGGUGCAUGGCCAGGAGAUAAUCCAAACCAGUGCUCUGCAGGUUACAACUGUCCACCUUUUACGAUGACGCUGGAUACGUAUGUCCCGUUCAAUUCGCGUUUCAUUGACGUCGGUGCAGGCGGACCAGCACCAUUCACCUUCACCGCGACUUCAAAUGCUUCAUGGCUUAUCCUAACACCUGACAAAGGCUCGGUAUCGCCGUCGAACCCUGAGCUGCGUGUCGAGGCGACUGUCGAUUGGAGUAAGGUGGAGGGCGUUCAAAUGGCUCAAAUAAACUUCAACGCGACUGCGCAGGGACAAACUCCCUUGAGUGUACCGGUGUUCUUCGUUGCGAAUCAUACCGUAGCGCCAAGUGGCUUCAAGGGAUUUGUGGAAGGUGACGGAGGAAUAUCCAUCGAGGCAGCCCAUGCUUCGCGAAACACAACCGUGGCGGGUAUCACUUGGACUGAGCUUCCGGACUACGGGAAGACAGAGUCUGGUGUGACGCCAUGGCCGCGGUCCGGGAAUGAUUUUAAUAACUUCACGGCCGGCUCCGGACCAAGCAUCGAAUACGACUUCUACAACUUUAAUACCAUCGGCGGAGGUGGAAAAAUCUCUGCGAAUGUGCUGGUAUCGCCAACGCUGAACAGCAUGGGGCCAGAUAGGCCUAUCAAGAUCGCCGUGCAAAUGGACGACCAGACACCUCAAACUGUGGCUUUCAUUCCCCCUGCGCCUCCAGGUACUCUUCCGCCGCAAUGGGACGGCAAUGAUGGUUUUGUAGCGAAUGCCAUUGUAAGUGUUCCCACGAGCUGGUCUGCACAGCCGGGUGCGCACACGCUCAAGCUUUGGAUGGUUGAGCCGGCAGUCGUUGUGCAGAAGAUAGUUAUUGAUACCGGUGGUGUUCGCCCAAGUUACCUUGGUCCACCGGAAAGUAUUCGUCUAUAA